AUGAUUCCUCAGUACGGGUUAGGCCCUCCAGGGCCAGCUGCAGGGGCGCCGGCGCUAGGUGCAGUGCCAAAAGGUACACGAAUUUUCACUUUUUCUUGGAUUGAUGUUGGAGCGACGAAAUUUCUUUUCUGAUCCCCUCCGCCUUAUGAUACUCAUCCUCUGAUAGUAGUGUGACUGCUGCGCAGGUAAUCUAAGUCUAGGUGUUUCUUAGUAGUGCGAGAUUUUGCACUGUUUUUGUUCUCUCCGCUUCAAAGCUUCUUUUCGUGUAAACGUAAAGUGCAUGAGGAAGAGCAGAUCGUGUAAGGUCUUGAUGUUGGAUGAUGAUGUUGAUGCCCUUCAAUACAACUCAUUCAGGCAUACCUCCAGCUGCAGCCAACAAAAAUGGUCCGCCACCAGCCAAAGGACUUCCGGGAACCAAAGGCCCACCACAGGUAACAAUUGUAAUAAAGUAGACGCCUGGCCUGUGUAUCUACUCGUGUUUCAGUUGAAUCGUUAUACAUUUGGAGUUGGUGGAUUUUUGUGGAUUCAUUUCCACUACGCGAACCUCCUGAGUUUUCAUGACUAUAAGGCAAAUACCUUUAGGCUUAUUCGAUGAUGGCGACUUGUACUACUUCUACCUAGCUCUAAUUUUUAUUUUUCCAAUAUUUCCAUCUGUGCACCCACAUGUACAGCUUCAAGGUGGACCGCCGAAUGGUUCACCGCAGUUCGGAAAGCCAGGGCCCCCAGGAAAACCGUUUGGCAAAGCAGGACCCCCACCAGGCAAGAAGGGAUAUCCUCCUGGCAAAGACGGGGGAAAGAUUGGUGCACCACCUCCUGCCGCGCCUGGCGCUAAGAUUGGAAAGCUGGGCGGAUCUGGAAAAGAUGGACCUGCUUUCGGGAUGGCUCCAGGUGGAAAAGGCGGUCUAGCGCCCGGAGCGCCGCCUCCCGCGGGGAAGCAGGUAGGUGGCAAACCCGGGAAGCCGGGACCGUUUGGCGGCAAAGGAGGGAAAGGCGGGCCGCCGGGUAGUAAGAAUAAUCCAAAUAACAUCCCAUUAGGCGCUGGCGGCGGCAAGGAUGCUGGGUUCGGUCCUCCACCAGCUUCAGCGGAACUAGCCGGUGGCAAGCCGGGCCCUCCAGCCGGCGCGCCUUUUGGCGGGAAGGAUCAAGGAAAGCCGCAGCAUGGCCAGUUUCCCGGAGGCAAGGACAGCAAACAGAACGGACCACCUUCACAGCGAAGCGGACCUCCAAAUGUUGGCGUCGAACAGCGGAUAAUCGUCGGCGGAAAAGGCCACGAUUCGUUUUCUGGGGGAGGACCACCGACACAAGCGCCACCUCUAACGCAGCACAUCAUACGGCACGACAAAAACGGCACCAAGACGGUAGUCAUACAGCAGCAGGACGGCGGUCCACCACAAGCAAGGGCGCCUCCUGGUGCGCCACCAAAUACGACGAUAAACGGAAAUCAGAUUGUGCACCAAGUCGUGCAGCAUGCCGGUUUGCCAGCGACGCAGCGUCCAGCGCCAGCAAAUCUAGUCGGUGCGCCGCCAACAGGAGGACCCCCAGGAGCUCCCAGCGGACCACAUCAUACUGUCACAGUCGUAUCGCAGCUACCGCCAGGUGCAACCGUAGUGUCUGGGCCGCCUCCAGGAUUCAAAGGGGGACAAGUCAUUCAAGUGCAGCAACCAGGUGGGGCUGCGCCUCCGCCACAGCAAAGCGGGCCACCGCAUCAGCAGCCAGGUAUUCAAUAGUGUACCUAAAACGAGAUGGGCAGGUGGACCCACCUCAUGAUAAAUGUUGUUGUUAUUUUUGAACAAGAACAACAUUGACAUUCGUCGUCUAUGAAUAACUUCUUCUAUCUACGAACUGAAAAUUUAUCUUCUCUUCUGGAACUACUUUUUACACAUACACCUUCUCUUCAGGUGGGCUACCUCCGGGAGCGGUCGUUACGAAAGGUAGUCCUUCAGGACCGGUUCCGGUGAUCGGGAAAGGCGGCAAGCCAGAGCCGCCACCCGGCUAUACACUCGAGAUCAGGAGGAACCCCGACGGUUCGGAGGUGCACACGAUGCGGCCACUGGACACUAGUGGUGGUAAAGGAGGUUUGCCUCCGGCUCCGCCGCAACAGCAACAACAGCAGCAAAUAGGAAUACAACUAGGUGGGCAGCAACCACAGCCUGGUGCGUACAAUGUGCAACAGCAGCAAGGAGGACCCGGCGCUCCUGGAGCUGGACCGGCGCCGCAGGGCGGACUGACCCAUCAAGGCGGUAAAGGUGGCUUCCUCGCACCCGCGGGUCAGAACGGUGCCAACAUUCACGUAGUUUCAGGUGGGCAUCCUGCAGGCAGCUCAGUUAUUGUUGGGGGCCCGCUGCCGCACGCUGGACCACCGGGCCAGCAUCAGAUACUGACGACGACUCAGCCCUCCUUGAGCGGAAACGGAGGCAUCCCGCAACACCAGAUUGUGGAGCACCAGCCAUUGCAGCACCAAGUAGGCAAUGCUCCGCCUUUGCAGCAACAUCAGCAACAUCAUAUUAGCACCAGCAGUUACCCAUCAGCAGGCCUACCCACGACCCCAUCAGGAGGGCAACCCCCACCUUCAACAUUGAUGAUGAACACCAGCAGUCAGCACCCACAGCAGCACCAUGGCGCACCUCCGAAUAACAGCAUGGGAAACAAACCCCAGUAUCCAAAUAUGGGAACAAGUGGACCACCGCACCAGUCGUCUGCGUCUUCAUCCCAUCCGCAGGGUGCACCGGCUUACCCGCCGCACCAGCCGCAGCAGAUGUCCCAGCACCCACCGGUAUACCAGCAGCACUACCCUAGCAGCUUCGUAAACGACAUGCACAAUGGGGUAGCAGACGCCACUCAACCGAAGGAUCGCGGCUCGCCACCGACUACCUAUCUCAACGCAGACAUACCUGAGAAGCCGGACAGAAAUGGUAAUACGACCUCUCAACGGUCCUUGACUUUCGCUACUCGAUUUUUUAGCAUUCAUCUGACGCUGGUACGAACAACAGAUAACAACUCAUGAAGUACUUUUACGCACACUGAGAUGAUCUUCUGUUUCUACCUACCACCAAUUUUACAGAUUUUGCGUCACGAAAACCCGAAGUCUAUGACUUCUUUCGCACAAGGAACGUUUUUCAAUCAAAGGACGCUCCAGGACUGUGGGAUUUAGCGCUCUGGGACGGCAUGUGUCGCGACAAGCACGUAGGGGACUUUAUCGAGUGCCUCGAGGCAUGGUAUUACUUAUGCACCUUGUCGUAUGUUACUAAUCAUCUGAACCCAGUCAAAAUGCAUAGUCCGCAUAGGCGAAUAGCGAUCCUUGACCUUUCUUCGUGUUACUUCUGUCACAAUUCCUCUUCUUGUCUACUCCCGAACAAAUCUACCUUGAGAUACCAAUCAACCUGCACCUAAAUCUUUAAUAGGUUGGCGCGCGUGAUGGGUGAGAAGCCGUAUCACCUUCACAAAUUCUGUUUGCGGGGUAACGAACUGAAGGAUGCUUCGAUCAAGAUAAUCAUGGAGCAACUAAUAAAGCUGGAGGUCCGGCUGGAUAUCCUAGACCUGAGCCAGAACAAUGUACCAUUUGUUACUAUAAUCCAAGAUAUAUCUAUACAUAGUAUAAAUGAUUGAAGAUCUUAUUCGUCCAAGACUAUUUCUAGCUUGAUACUACAAGAUCGACCUCGACGUCAAUAAAUGUAGUUUGUAACUGAACAAGAAAAGUAGAAAUAUGAUCCAGUAUCAGAUAUUGUUAUUGAGGACUUGGACUUAGUUGGACAACUACAAUUCGACGUCCUCUAUCUAUCAGAUUGAAGCCGAGGGUGCGUCGAAGAUUGCGGACUAUAUUUGGAGUUCGGACCCGGUGCAAGUGUUGCAUCUGGACCACAACAAACUACAACACGACGACGUGAAUGCCGUUCUGAGAGCGUGCUACAAUCACAAUAGUUACCCGAUCAGGAACGCGAAUCAAGUUCCGAUACCCUUGAGGCUUGGCAUCGUCGGAAAUCCGAUAGUCGAUGACUUAAAGGUUGGCGACCUACUGAACCAGAUUCGCAAGCAAGGAGGAAAGGAGCGGGUCUGGUUUUGCAACUCGCCAGAAGUUACGAGCUACCGACUUAUAUAUACGCAAAGGUUGCGUUUGGAUUUCUUCAAUAUUUUUCUGAGUAUUCGACCGAGUAGAGCAGCUAGAGGCUCCUCAAUUUUUUGUCAACAUCCAAAAAAAAGCGUGAUGUCGAUCACGAAUAGUCUGUUGAAGAUGAGUUGAAGAUGCUUGUUGAGCUUGAGAAUAGAGGAGAUAGUCUACGCGCUUCUUUAGAAUGAUACUCAAUUAUGCACCCAUACUCUUAUUUCUUUGUGUACUAACUAGUACCAUGAACAAUGAAUAAUGCUCUACUUCUAAUUUUCACUUGGGUGAGAAGGAGUGGGUGAAGCACAAGAGCCGACUAGAGAAUUGCUAUCUGGCGGUACACAUGCCAGCGGCGUUCGAGGGCGCAGAUGACCGGACCAGAGGACGCAAGAAGGACCGCAAGAAACGCAUGAGGAGCCAUUCGGACAAUGAAAACCUCCAAGACUACAAUGGAGUUGACGCCGGACAUGGACAACACCACCAACAUCACGAUGGCCAUUCAGACGGCUCGGAUGAUGGUGGGCGCACGAAGCGGCACAGGGUAGCUGAGGACUUCUAACCAGGUUUCAGGGAAGAAGACACCACGAUGACGACGAGAAGGGCCUCCCGGACCGGGGAUUUUAAGCACUACACAUGGCUACAGUGGGAGCGGGCUCCCGUAAAUUUUAAGCACUUUCAUCUACGGAAGCUGUUGUGAGAGCUUUCAGAACCUAUGACUCACCAUUUCGAGGACUGUAGUUAUGUUGAAGUCACGGUGAAGGUCAAGCGAGAUUUUUUAACCUAGUUGGCACUUCUAACCUCGUCACCCCGGGACCGAGAAGGUGUCAGCGUAAGACAACUGCAUAGGGUUGUCAAUUAUUGACGAAAUCAUCACUUUCGAUUAGAGAUCCUGGGUCAGCACGUUGAAUGGAGCGAUUACCUGCAAUAUUCCAUCGGCAAGCAAUUGCUUUUUCGUAAGGACAUAAAACCAGAUGUAACUUUUAUUUAAGUAAUAAUGGUCUCAACAAGUGGGCGCCGCUUGUAGAUCUAGAUUUUUAAAAGACACUUCAAAUUCAUCGGCUAGAUUGUCUGAGAUUAGUGCUGUGAACCAUGAUGACAAUGGAAUUCUUUAUAUAAUUUCGAAAUAGUACAGUUAUAACUGAUCAUCUGUAUAAUCGAUUUCGUUCUUAUUUUCCGUAUUGGUGUUUGCUGAGUUUAGUAAUGAAGGACCACUUUUAUCCUUGUAAACGAUCCCCCCUGAUCCUGUUUGAAGAAGAUGUAAAGGCGCUCUUUAGGGUAGGUUCUUCAACAAAGUCCCGCUUUUUUACUCCUCUACAAAUCCGCAAAAAGAUCUAGAUGAAUAUGCUCAAAAUUGGAAGGAAAGGCCACGCAUUCUGGAAAAGUAGAAGAAACAUGGAGUGGUCACAACUUGAUCUCGAAAAUGCCUCUGCAGCAGAAUCCACUAACGCGUCAGAUGCAGCGGCGCAGGAAUGAGAGGUAGCUCCUCCUCUUACUCAGUGAAUCAUGCGUGUGGAAAAACAAGUUAGAGGAAAUGAAAGAGCGGAAGUUAUUAGGUAAAGAAAGAAGGGUAUUAAAGUGGCAAGUCCGUGGUUUCAGAAUACUUAUCAGGGAGACCACUGACCAUGACUUAGUGGCAAGAUGAACCUUUGUUUACAACAAAAGACAUUAAUGCA